AUGUGGGAAUCUGGAUUACCAUUGAGAUUACUUAUCUGUAUUUCUACUGUCGCAGAAUUUCCUGGUUUGAGUUUUGCAGGAAAAAUUUUCAAACCAAAGUUUAAUGAUGAUGUGGUGGUAACUGAUUACGAAUUUCGUGGUUCGAUAAUUCAUGUGGAUAAACUGAAAUCAUUUGAUUUAACCAGAAACGCAGCGCAGUGCCAGUCAUUUAACUCUGCUUUUGCUUCUGCAGCAGAAAAAGACCUACCUCAUCUUUGUGAAUGCCUUUUAAAAUCGUCAAAUUCUUCUGGUUCUGUAGCAGUUCAAAAAAAGCCUGAGAUAUGGGUACGCUGCUCACAAGGAGUUAUGCCAUAUAUUUAUAAAGAACUGAAUAAUUUACACAAAGCAGAGGUUUCAAAACUAUGGAUUGUUGAUGCUCACGCUGUAGUGAUACCGUCGAAUAUGUUUGCUCAAAUAACGCCAAGAAUAUUGUCAAUCGAACGGUCUCGGGUAGCUGUAAUACGUAAUGGGUCUUUUAAUGGAUUUAGCAAAACACUUACUGAACUAGUGCUACGGGAUAAUCUUUUGGCUGCUUUAAAAACUGACGUUUUCGAACCGCUUCGGCACUUGGAAAAGUUAGAUGUUGGACGAAAUAAGAUUUCUAAAGUUUCUAGCGAGUUGCUAAGUUCUAUGACAAACCUAAAAUUCCUGAUUCUGGAGAGUAACAACUUAGAAACGAUUGAUUAUGGAACUUUCCGCGAUAUGAACAAUUUGAAAGUUCUCGACUUGAGCAAAAAUCGGUUGACCAAAAUUGCUAAGGAGACAUUUCGUGGCUUAGAAAAUCUUGAGGAAUUAUAUUUACAAGGAAACCGUCUGUCAAAUAUUGAUUCAGAUGCGUUUGAACUAUUACAAAAUCUUAGGAUUUUAGAUCUAAGCAAUAAUUCAUUAAGUGAUGUGAGUAUACAGAAUAUGACUCGACUGGAAAAACUUUACAUAAAUAACAAUAAAUUAACCGCGUUGCGGAGGAUAAAGUUGCAGAACGUUCCCAGUUUGAAAGAACUUUUUAUCAAAGACAACGUCGUGGAUAAAAUUGAAAAUUUGGAACUUUUGACACUGCAAGAAUUAAAAAAGCUAGAGGUAUUAGCAUUGGACAACAACAAAAUUAAGGUUAUUGACAAUGAAGCUCUUAAACCUGUUGCGGGAAUUAUAAACCUUUCUUUAGAACACAAUCGUCUGACUGAACUAUCAACCGCUGGUGUAUCAUGUUUCAAACCGUUGUCACGCUUGAGGAGUUUAAAUUUGGGUUAUAAUUUAUUGAGCGAAAUUUAUCAAAAUGAUGUCGGCAGUUUAGAAACGUUGGAAGAGUUGAAAAUGAACGACAACCAAAUUAAAAACAUAGAUUCGCAGGCAUUUGGUCGUCUACAAUUGAAAAGCUUAUCUCUGGCACAGAAUCGGCUGGUAGGGUUACCCGCAACUCUAUUCCGUAAUUUUGACAUAAAGAAACUGGAAUUGAUAAAUUUAACCGGAAACCCAUGGGAGUGUAGAUAUACUGACGUUUGGCUGGAUGGAUGGAUAUCACAAAUUGACAGCAGCUGCGUUGCUGGAGUGGCUUAUUUAACCUGCAAAGCUGCUGAUCCACCGCGCUCAAUACGAGUAGCGUAUGAGAAGCAGAUAUCUUCUGAGAUUCCUGUUAAGCAAUUAUGUGCUCUUACAGUCCUACCAACCGUCAAAAUACCAUACCUUACAAAAUAUGAACUACGGAACCUGUCGUUGCUUUUCAACAAAAUUGUUGGAUCCGUCUUUUUAUUUCUUAUUGUUAUCUGUUUCCUCAGCUGCAAGAGAGGUCGCUUUCGAAGAACUGUGUACGAUGCGCAACAACUAAAUGCUGCUGCUGGUACUACUGCUGACGGCUUUUUACUAGAAAACAAAACCAUUCUGCGUGAUUUUGAGGAUAAUUAUCUACUUAAAAAGUCAAAAUAUUAUGUGCAGCACAUGGUGCUUUAA